AGAGCUCUCCAGGUACAAAUAGCCCUGGGCUCCCCAGGCUCCUGAGUCCAGCUCCUGAUUGCUUGUCAUUCACCAAGGCUGAAAACUCAAAGCAAAAUAAACCAUGAGGCUGUCUGUGACUGCCCUGCUGGUUACUCUGGCGCUUUGCUACUACGAGGCCAAUGCAAUUGUCUGUCCGACGUUUACUCUGGAUCUGACAAAGUUCUUCUACUUACCUGAUGAACUGUACAGGCUGUCACUUGCCAAGUACAAUGCACCUCCAGAAGUCGUGGCUGCCAAGAUGGAAGUGAAGCAAUGCACGGAUAGAGUCUCAGUCAAAAACAGAUUAAUCAUUACCAAUAUACUGAAGAAAAUACUGCUGAAUUGUACUGUCACAGAUGUGAAAGCUGUACUAAAUCCUUCUUCUGCGUAAUCACCUGAUCUUCCAUUGAAAAUGCAGAGGUUUCAACAUCUUGCUCAAUAAAUGAUUUACCUUGCA